GCCAUGGCUGCUGCGAGCUCUGUACAAAACCUCCGGGAUGAAGCGACCUGCUCCGUCUGCCUGGACUUCUUCAGGGAUCCGGUGACGAUCAUGGGCUGUGGGCACAACUUCUGCCGAGCCUGCAUCACCCGGUGCUGGGAGGGGGCUGAGACAGACGUCACCUGCCCCCAGUGCAGACAGACCUUUCCCCAGAGGACCCUGGGCCCAAACAGGCAGCUGGGCAAUUUAGUAGAGCUAUUGAGCGCGGGCACGGCGGAGGGAGCCGUAGGUCAGCGAGUGUGUGGGGAGCACGGGGAGGCUCUGAAACUGUUCUGCCAAGAUGAUGAAACCCCCAUCUGUGUGGUGUGCGACCGAUCCCGGGUGCACCGAGCUCACAGUGUGGUUCCCCUAGAGGAGGCUGCUGAGGAGUACAAGGGAACACUUCAGACCCAUUUGAAGACUCUGAGGGAAAGGAGAGAAAACCUCUUGGGAUUAAAAUGGACUGGAGAAAGGAAAACCCAGGUGUAUCUGAAACGGGCAGGAGCCGAGAGGCAGAAGAUUGUGUCUGAGUUUCAACAGUCCCACCAGUUCCUACAGGAGCAAGAGCAACUCCUGCUGGCUCAGCUGGGAGAGCUGGAGAAGAAGGUUGAGAAUAUGCAGAAAGAAAAGGUCAUUAAACUUUCUGAGAUUUCCCAUCUCAACGAGUUGAUCAGCGAGAUGGAGGCGAAGUGCCAGCAGCCAGCAAGUGAGUUCCUCCAGGACAUCAGAAAGACCCUGAGCAGGUGUGAGAAGGGGGAGAUCCCACGGCCAGUGCGAAUUUCUCCUGAGCUGGAAAGGAGACUCCAGGAUUUCUCCCAGAAAACCUGUGCCCUGAGGAAGACUAUGAGGACGUUCAAAGACACUCUGCCAUCUGGCCUGGAGAAGAUAAGCCGGGAUGUACCACAGCCAUAUGCCAAGGUGACGGUGACUCUGGAUUCAGACAUGGCUCAUCCCUGUCUCACUGUGUCUGCGGAUGGGAGAAGUGUGACACGGGUAGUAACACGGCAGGAUUUGCCCAACAAUCCUGAGAGAUUUUUCUUUGAGACGUGUGUGCUGGGUUGCGAGAGAUUCACCUCCGGGAGACACUGCUGGGAGGUGGAGGUCGGAAAAGCACACAUCUGGGCUGUGGGGGUUGCCAGAGAGUCUGUGAAGAGGGUGGGAUGGAUCAGCCUUAGCCCCGAGGCCGGGAUCUGGGCUGUCCGGUGCCGGGUGGGUGAGUUUGAGGCUCUCACGGCGCCUGCUCCCACCCGCCUGUCCCUGCCCCAGGUGCCCAACAGGGUGCAGGUCUGUCUGGACUGUGCAGGGGGGCAGGUGUCGUUUCUUGAUGCUGACACCGAGUCCGUGAUCUUCACCUUCCCCCCACCCUUGUUCGCUAGGGACACAAUCCAGCCCUGGUUCUGGCUUAGUCUCCGGCCUAUGCUACAAUCCAGUCUUGAUUCAACCCAGCUUAGACUGUGCUCCUGAGCUCGGCGUGGGAUUUUGCCCAGCAAAUUAUCAUGUGGGUAUCUCUGGCCUUGUUUUAACCAGUCUCCCUGACCCUGGAGGGAGUCCCCUCUACUCAGCCCUCCCUCCCUCUCUCUGGCCCAGGUGAUCUCUCUGCUCUUAGAACAGGG